AUGUCAUCUUUCAAACUGCAAUUUUUCUGCUUCAAUCUGAUCGUGCCGCAGUUCAAGAAGACAUGGGAGCAGGCGAUGUUGUACUGCAGACACAAACACAAUGAACUCACAAGCCUGACCUCUGAGACCGAGCACCUUCUGGCCCUGAGCGAGAUCAAGCACAGCAACAUCACUGAGCGGGUGUGGAUCGGCCUGUGUUUCCUGGGGGACCGCUGGCUGUGGGUGAAUGGUGACACUCUGGAGUACAAGGCCUGGCCCAUAAGUGGAGAUCAGGACCACGAGUGUCCAAUGCAGAAACGCUGUGGAGCUUUAAGCAAAGAGGGAGUGUGGGAGAACUGGGAAUGUUGGGACGAACUUAACUUCAUCUGCUAUUAA